AUGCGAACAUACCACGUCCGCAUCGUCGUACAACAGCCAGCCCCAACACACGACAGCUUCCUCCCGAAAAGUCUCUGGCAGCCACUCCCCGCACAUCCCCAUCCACGCUCACGCACAAGCGCACACAAGCUUCCCGUGCAGACGAGCUCGAGUCUGCCGCCGAAGGACUACAGAUUUGGACAGAUCAGAAUCGAGUGGGUCGAUUUUGAAAGCAGUAUGAUCACUGGCAAGGACAGGGCGCAGCAGGCCCGUGGUACAGCGACGGCAACCUUCGCACCACACCCUCACACAAAAUCCGGCGCAACAAACCUCCCAGACGGCGUCGUGCACGUUUUUCGUGACACCGGCAGCGCACAGACCGUCAAUUCCCCUCGUACAGACACGGAUCCAGAAGGCUCUGCUGGAACUUCCUCAUCAGAUGCAAGCCGCAUCGUGCUCGACAACGCCGAUACGGAUGGCGUCAUGCUCGCCGUCCUCGCCGUCCCCGCCUGGAUGGCCCCGUCUGACUUCCUCGCUUUUGUCGCUCCCGCAGCAGGAGGCCUCGCUCAUCUGAGGAUGAUCCGGGAUUCCGCACCCAACCGGUCCCUCGUCUUGAUGAAGUUUCGCAAGAUCGAGGAUGCGGUCGAGUUUGCAGAGGCAUACAAUGGCAAGCCGUUCAACUCGAUGGAGCCUGAAAUUUGCCAUGUUGUACACGUCUCUUCCGUAAGCAUCAGCACCGAGGAUGCGCUCUCGCUCGCGAUCACGCGCCUCGGCGCCGCGCAGGCGCCUGUGCAUGAGCUUCCGACGUGUCCCGUGUGCUUGGAACGCAUGGACUCGGCCGUCACGGGCCUUGUGACCGUGCCGUGCUCACACACAUUCCAUUGUAUGUGUCUCAGCAAGUGGGGAGACAGCCGGUGUCCCGUAUGCCGCUACUCCCAGAACCUCCGCACCUCCCACCCCUCCACCUCGGCCACCUCAGCCACUCCACUCCCAUUUACCACUCCAGGACGACUCUCGACGUGUGCCUCCUGUUCCUCGACGACAAACCUUUGGAUUUGCCUCGUCUGCGGCAAUAUCGGCUGCGGGCGCUACGGCCGUGCCCACGCGGCGGCGCACUACGACGCGACGACGCACCUGUACGCGCUCGAACUCGAGACGCAGCGCGUGUGGGACUACGCCGGCGACGGGUACGUGCACCGGCUGAUCCAGAACAAAGCCGACGGGAAGCUCGUCGAGCUCCCGAGCGCUAGCAUGGCGGCGGGCGCGGCGGUGCGCGCGAACGGGAGCGGCGGUGGCGGGCCGAGCGCGGCGGAUUCGCUGAGCGCAGAGAAGAUCGAGGCGAUCGGCAUCGAGUACUCGUACCUCCUCAGCUCGCAACUCGACUCGCAGCGUGCGCACUUCGAGUCACAAGCUGGCGACCUCCGCGCGCAGCUCGACGCGCUUCGGCUCAGCGCAGAGCACGAGCGCGAACUACACAAGCAGCAGGAGAGAGAGCAGGCCCGCGCGCUCAAGGCGGAAAAAAGCGAGGCGGCAGGGCGUGCGGCUGAGUACGCGCGCGAGGCGGCACGGCUCGCGCGCCGCGCCGAGAAGGCGUCGGAGCUCGUGACGCGGCUCGCGCGGGACCUCGAAGCGGAGCGCGCGGUGAGCGCCGGGCUACUGCGGAACCUCGAGGCGACGCGCUCGCGAGCGGAGACGGCGGAGCGUGGGCAGGCGGCGCUGGAGGUGCGUGUGGGAGAGCUGGAGGAGCAGGUGCGGGACGUGAUGUUCUUUCUCGAGGCGCGCGACAAGAUUGAGGAGGGCGUGGGGGUGGUUGGGGAGGCGAAGGGCGGGUCGGUGGGGAUAGCACCGACGGCACCGUCCGGCACAGUAGCAGGCGGAGGACAAGAUGGAAGUGGCGGGCAGGGGAGAAGGAAGAAGAAGAAUGGAAAGAAGUAA